AUGGAAGGGAGAAUUUCUACGUGGACCCUGCUGUGCCUACUGGUGUCAGGAGUUGGUGCCCUCCAGGUGAACAUCCCAAAGGAUCUGUAUGAGUAUGCCAGAGGUGACAACAUCACACUGCCCUGCUCGUUUCAAUCCAAAAUCACGGAUCCCAAGCUGGUUAUCGUUACAUGGUCUGUUCAGGACAAAGAAGAUAGUCUUGCUCCAGAGACCUUGAUCCUCACCUACUAUUCUAGUCCCCCACGUACCGAUAUCAAACAACGAUUUGAAGGCCGAGUAUCUGUUGAAGUGGACGUUAAGACUGGAAAGGCCAACUUGAAACUGACCUCCAUCACACUAGCAGACAACAAGAAGUUUGAGUGUCGUAUCCUGAUCCCAGGUGACGAUGAGGGGAAGUCAGCUGACACAUCACGUUUGGUGGUUCUAGUGGCUCCAUCCACCCCGAUCUGUAACAUCGAGGGUAAGGCAGAAUACGGCCAGAACAUCAACCUGACCUGUAAGUCGGAGGAAGGCUCCCCACCACCCACUUAUACUUGGCAAAAUCGUAAUGUCAAGAACGUGCCUCGUCCUCAUGAACCCAGAACUACCGACAAGGGAGGCAUCCUGUCGCUAUACAACAUCACUAAAGACUCAUCAGGAUUCUACAUAUGCACCUCAAGAAACAAGAUCCGCUCUGCUAUCUGCAAUGUCACCCUUUCAGUCAUGCCACCCUCUAUGAACAUUGGCUCCACUGCAGGAAUCAUUGGUGCCGUUGUUGCAGGUUUGAUCGUACUUAUAAUUGUCAUCUAUUGCUGCUGCUGCCGGAAGAAGAAGGACAAGGGGGAGGAAUAUGCCAUGGGAGUUCAGGCAGAAGAGUAUUCGGACAACAAGACGGCUGGAAAUGGUGAGAGUCGCUAUGCGGAUGGGCAAGAAAGUGAUCGUGAUGAAUCUGUUGUGAGGAGCCCUGUUGAACGCCGUGACAACUACGAAGAACAGAGUGAGCGCGACUACGACCAUCGCAAGGAUAACUACGAUCGCCGCAGUGACUAUGACGAUCGCCGCAGCGACUAUGAUGAUCGCCGCAGAGACUACGAUGAUCGCCGCAGUGACUACGAUGAUCGCCGCAGCGACUAUGAUGAUCGCCGCAGCGAUUACAAUGACCGCCGCAGUGAAUACUCUGACCGUCGUGACCGCCAUGAGCGUUAUGAUGAUGAUGACCGCCGCAGAGACCGUCGCUACGAUGAUGACGACCGCUAUGAUGAACCCUACGAUGAGCGUAGUCGUGACAGACCACCAGUGCCAGCCAAUAAGCCAACAAGGAAGGACUAUGAUGAUUAA